UAACUCGAACGUCAUUUUGAUCGACGGAUGAAACGCCGCCCCGGAGACGCGGAGGCUCAAGUGUUCCAACAGAUGUCGGCGUCGACACGGCAAAAACAAAGUUGAGAGUGAGAAGACGUAGUUCAUGGCCAACAGCAGCACCUGAAGACGCUUCUCCGCUCAUAAACAUCGCCAUGGAUGUGCUCAAAUCUGCCACAAGGGCUUUUAUUCGCAGUCCCAGCCUGACCAAACAAUCCAGGAGCUCAGGCAAACACCAAAAGCUCCCUGAGAACUGGACUGACACGAGAGAGACUCUUCUGGAGGGAAUGACCUUUAACCUUCGGCAUCUGGGCAUGACUCUUGUGGACCAACCCAAAGGCGAGGAGCUCUCAGCCGCUGCUGUCAAGAGGAUUGUUGCCACUGCCAAAGCCAGUGGGAAGAAACUUCCUAAAGUGGCUCUGAAAGUGUCUCCUCAGGGAAUCGUCCUGUAUGAAAGUGUGUCCAACCAGCUGAUUGAGAACAUUUCCAUAUUCAGGAUAUCAUACUGCACCGCUGACAAGAUGCAUGACAAAGUGUUUGCUUUCAUCGCCCAGAACCAGCAGAAUGAGACGCUGGAGUGCCACGCAUUCCUCUGUGCCAAGCGGAAAGUGGCUCAGGCGGUCACACUCACGGUGGCUCAAGCCUUCAGAGUGGCCUUCGAGUUCUGGGAGGUUGCCAAAGAAGAGAGAGAGAUCCGUGUGAAAUGGGAUUCAGCUGGAGAGACGUCCAACAGUUCACAGUCAGAGAGAUCUGUCAGCCUGAACAGCCUUAAAGUAGGAGCAGUAGCUACAGAGAACCUGUUGGACAUUGAUGAUUACUCAUCUGCUGUGGAAAAUGUUGACAAUCCUACUGAACCCAACAAUAACUGCACCACCCUAUGGGAGAUGGAUGAUGGUCUGGAAGAGGCUUUUUCAAGCUGCAGUUUGGAUAGCUAUUACUCUCCAGGUAACAAGCACAGGUCCAGUCCUGUACCAAUCCAACCUGAGUUUAACAUCCACCCGCUCCAUACCCAAAUCUGAGUUCUGUUUAUAUACCUUCUGUCAGUCUGUAACAUCAUCCCCCUCCACUGUUGAUCCCUGCCAACUUUCACUCGUCAACCCAACCAAAUUAGCAUCUUGGGCUGGUACUGACCCAACACACAGACCUGAUUGUGUAUUUGAUGGCAGGGUUCUGCAGUGAUCCAUAUUUAAAUUCAGUGUGGUUUGUUUACAAUAUCCCAUCAUUCUCAGUGUAGCCAGUUUGUAUGUUAUUUGUGUUUUCAUCCUGUUUUUGUAUCCCUGAACAUAACGCUUAAUUAAGUGUAAUAUGAUUGCAUUGAUGUACUGCAUGCCUUCUAACCCUACAAAUAAAACCACACUAGUUGUUAGCAUAGUUAAAAACAUAGCUACCACCCAAAUGUGUCCUUUUAAGGAAAAGUUCACCCAAAAAAAUU